AUGCCGUCUCCACCUAGAAGCUCAAUAUCGUUUCCGAGUUCAGCAGAUCUGUUCUACUUCUGCACGACAUCGUCAACCUCUGAAGAAGACCUCAACAUCCACUACGCACCUCCGUCAAGCUCCUCGUUACGCAUUGGUGUCAUUGUUCUCGGUAACGAUCAAGUCCAACUAGCCGAUCUAGCCGCUCUCGACCUGCUCGCCAUGGUCGGAAGGAACAGGAUCUGUAGAACGAACGCCACAGCAGUAGCCAUGGAGCACGCCGUGGACGAAGUCGACAUUCGAUAUGUCAGUGUGACCGGAGAGGGGAGUUUUCCUGUCACGGCUGGCACGCGAAUGCCGGUGACGAACUCAUUUGCAAACGCGCCUCAAUUCGACAUUCUCUUCAUCCCUGGAUCCUUCUCGUCAAGCGAGUUGCCUGUGGAGGCGACCUCAUUUCUCACGUCACAAUGUCUGAACCCCAAUCUCAUUGCCAUCAUGAGCAUUGCUUCGGGCAUAUGUCACCUCGUACAAUCGGGUAUCUUACGUGGAACACGAGCUGCAGCACCUAAGCCUUUGCUUCCCGUUCUCCAGCAGCAAUAUCCCGAAACGCUCUGGCAGCGCUCAGCCUGGGCUCGACACGAGAAAGUGUGGACAAGCAAUUCGUCUGUCUCAGCGCUUGAUAUGGUUUCGACAUGGAUGCGCGAGUACUUUUGGGAUAGAAGCCAGGCUGUUGAGUAUGUUCUUACUGCCGCGGGCAUGGGAUCGCUCUACGAUUACGAUCAUUGCGAUUACUGA